AUGACUGGGAUGGACGUCUUGGGUUUGAAUCCCGCAAACCCAAGCAUUCAAUACAAUGCGCCUUAUGCUCAUCCUUACGCGUCAUCGAUCUCCUCCUCCGCCUCCUCCUCCUCUUCUUCCGUCUUCUCCCUGGAUAGUCUAUCCAGCCAGAGUUCCAUUUCGUCCACCUCCACCAACCCGGUCGAUGUGAUUUGGGAGAAUGAAGGGGAAUACCAAGUGGCGGGGAGAAGUUUGACUACGGCGAGUGGCUCGCGUGUCUUCGCCAGGGGCGGUCUGCCCAAGGCCGCGGACCCGGCGGUUGCACCCGAGCUACGGAAACACCCCAGGCGCACAAAUAGCUGCAUGGUUCAGUCCAACGGCAUUCCUGGUGCUACCCGACCUCCACCUUGUCUGUUGCGGCAGUCGGAUCGGAAGGUCAAUUUCGUCGAUAAUCUCGUCGACACCGCCUCGCAGAUUGUCGAGAUCAUCUGGCCUUUGUCGGCAGUAGCGUCCCGAAGCGACUCGGCCACGGGCUGCAAGGGCGUGUUGCCCCUGCGCACCUUCAUCCAGGAGACGUUGCGUCGCUCGCGGACCAGCUACAGCACUUUGCAGGUGGCCUUGUACUAUUUGAUCAAGAUCAAGGAACACGUUCCUCGGCCCGAUGCCACCCAGGAACAGCAGUCGCGGAGCAAGCCGGUCUGCCGCGCCAUGCAGUGCGGUCGCCGCAUGUUCCUUGCCGCCUUGAUCCUUGCUUCCAAAUACCUGCAAGACCGCAACUACUCGGCCCGCGCCUGGAGCAAGAUUUCCGGUCUGAACACCGCGGAAAUCAACCAGAAUGAGUUGAUGUUCCUGGAAGCAGUCGGGUGGAGACUCCAUGUUCCCGAAGCCACUUUUCAGCGCUGGACGGACAUUGUCUUGAAGUAUACUCCCGGAGCUGGUGGCUUCUUCGCCGCGGACGGACCGUGCUGGCGGACUGUGAUCCCCAAGCUGACCCCGGAGCUGAACACGGUGGACGUGGUUUCCUCCACCCCAUCUAGCCUCGGAGGAUUCGAGUCGGGUUUCCUGGCGGAUUCGCCAUCCCCCCUUUCUUCCGCCGCCCCGAGUGAGCAGACCGGCAUGCCCUUGGGCUAUGACCAACGGUCGGCUCCUCACCAGCGGUCUUCCCCACUCUCCGGCGGAUCCUCUUUCCUUCCCUCGAUGCCGCGGCCCCCGAUGCUGCCCACCCCCCAGUUGACACCCCAGACGAGCGUUGCUUCCACUCCUGCUGCGAGUGUGAGUAGCUUCACUGCCCGUCGGGCUUCCAUCUGCGCGGCUAUGUCUCAGGUGCAGAACAUGUGCAUGGCGCGGUCUACUCUGGACCAGCGCCCGUCACUGGCGUUCUGCCCAAGGGCAAACACGUUUGAUGGAUACCCCCCCGCAGUCCGUCGGUCGUCCUUGGCUCGCUCGACAUCCUCUGCGUCGUCGCCGGAUUCGAUGAUCUCUGAUGUGUCGACACUGUCGUCGUCAUCGAGCUUUUCGUCUUGCUCGUCCACAGCCUCGUCCGCCUCCGCCAACCUCCUGGGUCUCUGCGCUUCGGCCAAGCCCCGACUGGCGGUUCGAGCGACGCUUCGAUGCACUAGCAAUGCUCUGAAGGAGUGUCGCAAGACUCUGUCUGUUGCAUCGCCCAUUAGUGAACACUUUCUGGGCGAUGUCUAUAGCUCCCCCGAGGCAUACAUGGGCCCGGUGGGUCCAAUGCCGGACCUGACAAAUUUCUCAUUGGGAACGCCUGUUGAUCGCGAGGCGGCUCAGAGUUUGUGUGAGCUGUCGGGGGCCAUCUCCCGGCCCUCUCAGACGUUUGAGCCGGGAACGACUCAGCGAUCGGGUCGGAAACGUGGCCGCACCGGCUCGGAAGAUCUUACGUGGCAGAAUCAUGUCCGCCAUCUGAUCGAUCUCAAUGCACGGCACGAGAGCCAAGCCCCGGAUGGCUCCUUGCGCCACAUGCUCGAGUCGAACCCUUCUCAGCCCCUCUCUGCUCUCCAGCUCAGUCUCCUCAAUGCCAGCGCUCCUCUCUCUGGACCAGCUGGUAUGAAGCGUGCCUGCUGUGGGAGUGAGGCGAGGAAGAUCGCGCUCAACCCAAGCGUUCGAUCGGAUUACCUGGGCUAA